AUUCAUAUGAUGUUGAUUAAAACUAUACACGUAAAUAAUUAACUAGUAACAUUGAACGGAUUCAAUUUUCUCGAUACAUUGGACAUUGAUCAAAACAAUUUAUACAAAUGUAUAUAUAAUGGACUUUUAUUGUCUACAGAAAAUAAUUCACUGCAUCUAAAGUUGUCAUUACCAUUAUCAAAAGUAUCAUUUAACAAUCAGUUAUGGUUUACUAAGAUUAUGAGUCCAAGAUAUAAUGAAUGGAUGUUUACUGGAAAAGAGGAUAGAUUGUAAUUUUUAUAGGAUCAGUUUAAACAAAUUCAAUUUGCUAAUAUAUUUCAAUAAUUCCUCAGUAUUUCAAUAUAUUUUAUAAACCCUAUAAUAUCUAUUCUAAUUAUGGAUAUUUUAACAAGAGAAUCAUUGAAUGAAUUUUUAUCUGGAGCUGUUGGAGGUUUGGCUGGAUUAACAGUUGGUCAUCCAAUGGAUACUAUAAAAGUUUUAAUGCAAAAUUCCACAAAUAAUCCAACAUUCAGAGAAGUUACCUGUCUUAUUAGUCAAACCGGUCUAAAUCGAUUUUUCACUGGCCUUGCUAUUCCAUUUUAUUCAUAUGGAUUUAUUAACGCUGUAAUUUUUACUGUAUAUAAAAAGUCACUGAGUAUAUUUGAUUCAACGGGUCAAUCUCCAUUAGCAUCUGCAAUGGCUGGUGCUAUAUCCGGAACUGUACAAUUAAUACCUGCUGUCCCAGUUGAAGUUAUUAAAAUACAACAACAAUGCCAUUUAGGUUGUCAACAAUUGACUUCUAGAGAAUGUAUUCGUACAAUACUACGUGUACAAGGAUUUAGUGGAUUUUAUUCAGGAACAAUGAUUCAAGCUUUUCGUGAUAUUCCAGGCUUUGCUACUUACUUUUAUACUGCUGCUGAAUCAAUAAAAAUGGGAAAAUAUAUUGGAUUAUCAACAUUUUGGUCAGCAUUUAUUGGUGGUGCUAUAGGUGGAACAUUAUCUUGGUGUGUAUCAUUACCAUUUGAUGUCAUUAAAACAAGACAACAAGUUGUUAAUGGAAUAUCAACUUCAAGUGUUAUCACACAAUUAUUGAAAGAGAAUAAUUAUCAAGUAUUUUUUCGUGGAUUUCAUGUUGUCAUUAUAAGAGCAUUAUUAGUCAAUGCGUGUACAUUUGCUGUCUAUGAAACUGUUUGUGAAUAUCUUAAAAAAUAUUGACAAAUUAAUAACAAUUACUUUUCUAGUGAAUUAUUCUUUCUGAUUAUUAAUUGAUUCUUUUAUUGACAAGAUUACUCAAUUAUUAUUAAUUUUAUAAAAUGAAAGGCUAUUUAAAAACUCAAUUUUUAUAAAGUUGAUCAAGAUUUGAUUCUUUCUGAAGAUGAUAUGAAUGAGAAAUGAUUGAUACCUGAGUAAUAAUUACUGCAAAGCAAAAAAGAUUGGUUGGUUGGUGUAGGGGGUGGGGGGAAAUGCUCAAUAUAUGUGUAAAUCUUGAUCACUGUCGUAAAAUUUAAUUCCUUAUUAGAUUUGUUUAUUUGAUAUAUAACAUACAAGGAGUGAUAAGGUACUAUUUACUUGAUGACGAUAUUUCAA